CUCACUCACAGCAGAAAAAUCCUCUCACCUGCCAGGAGCUACCAUUAGACAAGGCAAAACUGGAUUUUUUUCAUCCUGAAAAUGAACUUUAGGAGGAUUUUCCUAGUCAAGUGCUUGCUGCUUUUAUUUCCCAGUGUAAAAUGUUCUGUCACCAGGUGGAUUUACUUGGCUGUGAACAAGUCGGCCCUUCUCAACAUCGCUACUCCUGGGAGUGUAUACGAAGCAACAUGGAUGAGAGACGGAAUGAAGUUAGUUCAGAUAAAAGAUAAGAAAAGUAAGAACUAUGUGAACAGGGAGCAGUGCAGAUGCACGAUAUUACUAAAUGGGACUCUGCAAAUAGAGCGGGUGGUGAAACAGGACAGUGGAAAGUACACAGUGACGGUUUAUCAUCAGGAUGGAAAACUGAAGGCAGAAGAAGACACAAUGAUUGUUGUUCAGGAGCCUGUCCCGCAGCCAAUCCUCAGUGCCGAAUGCGUGAAUAAAACCUUAUCUGUCAAGUGUGAAGCAAAGCAGAAGACUAAAGAUGAAACAUUUAUAAUAGAACUGACUCAGGACAAAAGCAAAAAUCAAAAGAACACCACAAGGUUGGAAUGGCACAGACGGCCUUCUGGGAUGUUCAGAUGUGUUGUUAAGAACAACGUCAGCCAAAAAAUGACUGAAAAGGUCCUGAAGUGCUCAGGCCAGCUGGACCUUUACCUCAUCUUAGGCAUUGCAGGAGGUGCAAUCUUCUUUGUUGUCUUCAUGAUUUUGCUUAUUUAUUGUAUCCGGAAGAAGAAAGCAGAAAGGAUUGAAGAUGAUGAGGAGGAGCAGAAGAUGCACUCGCACCGGGCUGGCAGUGAGAUGGCAGUGAGGGAGCUGCCUCAGCCACCCUGCACUCCCACCCCUAAGCAGCUGCGCGUGCAGCAGCGGCCGCUGCCGCCGCAGCCCCAACCAUUGCAGCCGCCGCAGCAAGCACUGCCCCCACGGCCCAGGCCCCGCACUCAGCAGCGGACUCCAAACCACCCGAGAGAGAGACCUUGAACUUCUAGCCCUGGGAGGGUUGGUGGUGUCUCUGCUCCACCAUGGGCUGUGGAAAGAAAGUUCCCAAUAGCCAGGAGCCCCCUUCCACACAGCCUUGCUAAACGCUCAGCUAUGAAACGGCAGCUUUUGUGGCAGAAAAUCAGAGACAGCGUCAAAUGGAGAUGAAGAGAACCAGUGGAGGAGAUUAAAGGUGAUGGAUAUUCAACCCUGUGGCCAUUUUUCUUUGUCUCUGUGUUAAGGUAUGGAGCAGUGAUCCUUGAAACCUGUAUCUUUCUGUGGUUUGCUUGGUUUUACCGCACCUUGUUGUCUUCACGCUUUUUGGAUGGAUUAUAUCGAGAGGCAACUAAAGCUCUAGUGAGACGACAUGGUCCUAAGGACCUUACAGGGUUUUGUUACUUAUCUUUCCUUUUUCCUGCCAUGCUUUAGGAGAGCCCUCUGGCUUCAGCAUCAAACACAUGGCCUCCUGGAUCAAAAAAUAUUGGUGUGUAACUAAAUGCCUGUCUGAGGCUGAAAGAAUUGCCAUUGCCUAAUGCAGAGACGUCUGAAAGCCUUGAAGCAUCAGUGUGGGAAAAGCAUGAUUGGGAAAGGAGUAAACUUCUCACCACGUUUGGAACAAGGAACCAUGGGCUUAAAUUGCAGCAAGGGAGAGUUUUAUUUCAAAUGAAGAACUGAAAUUUCUGGGAGAAGAUCUCCAGCUCUGGGGCUUUCAAAGGGCAGAUGAGGUUACCAUCCGGGACGCAUCUUUGUCUUGCUGAAGGCCAGGGGAACAUGCUAUGUGGCUUCUCCAAGGACUGUUUCAGUGCAGCUUUCUGUGACUUCUUGCUGGCAAAUAAAACAAGGCUUUUUGUCUCAGCAUAGGUCUGUUUGGCUAUUCAGCCAACUUUUUUUUGUCAUAGAAGAGGUCUAAUAUCCAUUGGCUUGUGAAACAAGUGUUGCAAACUGCCAAGCAGGCUGAUUAUUAGCGGCAUUGUCUAAACUCUCAUGACUCUCCAUUGUAGGCCUCCUGUUGAUGGUGAGGGGCCGUGUCCCUUGAUUUUGCUGGUAAAGACCUCAUGUACAACUAUGUACAUGUACAGAGAACUGCUGAGAGCUCUCCCUCCCAAAGGGAGAGGCUGGACUACAGUAACUGUGCCUGUGUCACCCUCCAUGUGCUGGACAAACACUGCUCACUCCUCUGGUCCCUGGAGGUGUCCAUAACCGCCUCUAUGUGACAGCUGAGGAGCAGAGAGGACAGGCCUUUUUAGAGCAAUGUCUGUAUGGAUACCCUGGCCCAUCUUUUGUAAGAGGUGGAGGAAGGAGAGAGCUGCAAGAGCCACAGAGCACAAGACAUCCAGCUAGCAUGUUGUUGUGUUAGGCAGAAGAAUGUUUGUUACCCCUUUCAGGCUUGACUAUCCUACACAUACCACAGAAGAUAAAACAGCCAUAUUUUGUUUCUCCUCAGAAAUGUGACUCUUUUUAUCUUCUGGUACAAGGAUAGGGAAGUAACUUGUCAGAGAGAAGGAGGUCUCUGCCUCCUCCAGAACUCAGUCACUUUGCCUGAACUGUGACAGUAGACACAACCCUGGGACUGUCACUUGCUGUCUCGUUUGCUUUCUGCAGCUUCGUCUUAGGGCUUUUGCUAUUCAAAGUUGCAUUUGAUAAAGACUUUA